AUGGGUAUCUUAGUGAACGACACUACCUUCAGACUCUUCUUGAGUAACCUUGUCACGAUCUUCCCAGGACUCCUUUUUCUCUAUAUCAUCUUUGUAGGCAUCUACAACAUCACGUUUCAUCCUCUCGCAAAGUUCCCUGGUCCCAAACUGACAGCAUUCACUGGCUGGUAUGAGACCUACCACGAACUCUUUGGUGCACCUGGCAAGACUUUCGCCUACAAGAUUCAACAGAUGCAUGACGACUAUGGCCCUAUCGUACGCAUAAACCCUAACGAAAUUCACGUCAGUGACCACCACUUUUUCGACGUCCUGUUCGCCGGAGGGAGCGCUCGCCGUGACAAGUACCCGCCGAGUGCCAGUGUCCAGGGCGCUCCUGGUGGCAUCUUUGGGACCUUGAACCACGAUACUCAUCGAAUGCGCCGGUCUGCCAUCUCUGGCUUCUUCUCCAAGCAGUCUGUGGUUGUCCACGAAGGACUCAUCCACGAGAAGGGUGAACAACUCUGCGAAGUUUUCAAGAAUUACGCUAGAGAGGGCAAUCCCUUCAACAUUCGUGUCCCGCUGUUGGCUUACACCACCGACUUCUACUGCGCCCAUGCGCUUGGCGAGACAGGUGACAUGCACUUAUUAAAAGACCAGGCAAAGGCCCAGAAGUGGAGAGAAAGUAUCAUCGCUCUGCUUCACUUUACCCCUAUUGUCAGACAGUUCCCAUGGUUUCUAUCAUUCGCGUUUGGACUCCCAAUGUGGCUCAUCCGACGAGUAUCGUCAGAUUUAGCCUUAGUAACCCAGGUUUUGCUGGACAUGGAAGGUCAAGCAAAAGAGGCCAUCAAAGACUCGUCGACAUCCGUCGGUAUUAAAGAGGGCAAUGGCGGCCUCAUGCAAGCGAUUCUUAGUUCGAACUUGCCUCAGGGGGAGAAGGGCUUCAAGCGAAUGGCCCAAGAAGGCUUCACUGUCUUGACAGCCUCGGGAGAUACAAUCGACAGAACUCUGACCACUGCUGUGUAUCACUUACUCUCAAAUCCAAAUCACCUUGCCAAGUUAAAGGAAGAGCUGAGAGCCGCGAUGCCAGACUCCAAUAUGGAUGUGCCGCUGAGUAAGCUCGAAAGCUUGCCGUUGACCACCGCUGUCAUCAAAGAGUCACUUCGGAUCUCCGCGCUUAUUACUAUGAGAGUUGUGCUGCAAGCACCUGAGGAAUGUCUCACAUACCGAGAUUGGGUCAUCCCAACAAACACGCCAAUCGGCAUGACAUUCGCCGAUCUGAUGAUGGACUCGAAGGCCUUUCCAGACCCUAGAAUGUUUGAUCCCGAGAGAUGGCUCAAGUCUCACCCUCUUUACGCCCAGAACACGAAAUGCUUCUUCCCUUUCGGGCGCGGACACCGCAAUUGCAUUGGACUCAAUCUUGCUUGGGCAGAGAUGUACGUUGCACUUGCAAAAGUUCUGCGUCGAUUUGAUCUGGAGUUGCACGAUGUCAUCAGAGAAAGGGACAUUGAUCACUACCGUGACUGCUUCCUGGGCGAGCCUCGAGAUGAUACGAAAGGCGUUCGGGUCAGGAUUCUUCGUCUUUUGGACUAA